AUGUCGAAAUUCUGGGCCGCCUUAACCCGACGAAAAACGGAUGAUGUCGUAGAAAACGAAUCACAAUUGGCACGUGUACUCAAUCUCCUUGAUCUGACUGCACUCGGUGUAGGCAGUACGCUCGGUCUGGGCGUAUACGUUCUCGCCGGUUCAGUCGCCUACAACAUUGCCGGUCCAGCUGUGACCAUAUCAUUUCUCAUCGCUGCGCUUGCUUCCGCUUUUGCCGGCAUUUGUUAUGCUGAAUUUGCAGCACGUGUGCCAAAAGCGGGCUCUGCAUACGUUUACAGCUAUGUAACAAUUGGCGAGUUCGUAGCGUUCACUAUUGGUUGGAAUCUGAUAUUGGAAUAUGUGAUCGGUACCGCCAGUGUAGCUCGCGGUCUAAGCGGCUACUUUGACGCGCUUAUCGAUAAUAGUAUGUCGAAGGCGUUGACGGAGGCUAUACCUAUGCAUGUGGACUUCUUAGCAAAGUAUCCAGACUUCUUGGCUAUGGGUGUAAUUUUGCUGCUGGCGGCAUUACUUGCCUUUGGUGUGAAAGAGUCCAGUUUCUUGAAUAAUAUUUUCACGGCUGUAAAUCUGAUCACCAUUGCUAUAGUGUUAGUUGCUGGUGCUAUAAAUGCUAAUCCCGCUAACUGGAGUAUAUCAAAAGAUGAUGUACCCGAGACUGAUGAUAAUAAAUUCGGCAGUGGCGGUUUUAUGCCAUUCGGUAUCGCCGGUGUUAUGACUGGUGCCGCGAAAUGUUUUUAUGGUUUUGUAGGCUUUGAUUGCAUAGCCACAACUGGAGAAGAGGCAAUAAAUCCAAAGCGCAAUAUUCCACUUGCCAUCGUCAUUUCGUUGAUCAUCAUAUUCUUGUCUUACUUCGGCAUUUCGACGGUACUUACUAUGAUGGUGCCUUACUUCGAACUGGAUAAAGAUGCACCAUUCCCGAAGGCUUUUGACGACAUUGGUUGGUCCGCUAUUAAGUGGAUCGUUACAAUUGGCGCAGUCUUUGCCUUGACCACAAGUUUGUUGGGUGCUAUGUUUCCCUUGCCGCGUGUACUUUAUGCUAUGGGCAACGACGGAAUUCUCUUCAAAUCGUUUUCAAAAGUACAUAACUACACCCAAACGCCCUUGUUGGCAACAAUUAUCUCGGGAAUUUUCGCGGGUGUUAUGGCGCUUAUUUUCGAUUUGGAUCAGCUGAUCGACAUGAUGUCCAUCGGUACACUAUUGGCCUACACAAUUGUAGCGAUAUGUGUGCUCGUACUGCGCUAUCAGGAUGAAGAUAUGGAUACGAAGACAAUCUCCGUUAGUUGUCCCAAAGUUAUACGUCAAUUCUUCAAUGGCAAUUCGUAUCGUGAACCAAAUUUAUUUACAUCACGUAUUACAAAAAUAGCCGUCGUAGUAUUUGCGCUGGUGUGCAUCGUCUGGGAUAUAGUUGAGGCGAUUUGUGGCUUGACUUCGACAGCCGGUGCAGUGGCGCUAGGCGUUAUUGGCGUUCUGUUAAUAUUUAUUGUGGUUAUAAUCGGCAUGCAACCGGUCUCGACAAUCGAGUUAACUUUCAAAGUGCCACUAGUGCCGUUCAUACCCUGUUUAAGUGUUUUCGUGAAUGUUUAUUUGAUGUUCCAAUUGGACUUGAAUACUUGGAUACGUUUCCUUGUAUGGGUUGCCAUUGGCUAUGUGAUUUACUUCAGCUAUGGUCUGCGUAAUUCUACACAGGUGACGCGGAAUCGUAACCAUGCCGAAGCAGCGAUAAGAAUGCAACACACGAAUCAGGCAUUUGAACCGGACUGGAAGGUGGAGAACGGUGUUAAUGGGGUUGUGGAAAAGCAGUAGUAGCACUUUAUUUAAAGUAAAUGAAAACUGAAAUGUUGCCAUAAACAUUAAGCAUGUCUUUUAGGGAUUUAUGAUGUCUUGGCAACCCUUUUUAUUACACGAAAUUACAAAUAUCUAGCGUUGUCGAACUUAAAUGUAGAUUUAAGCGUGGCGUAUAUACCUCCUGCUGUUCGGAAAUGUCUAUACUGCAAAAUGUCUAUAUUGUUUCAGGUUGUUUAAGAAAUUAGAAUUGUCCACAUAUAAAUAUUCCUUAGAGUAGUAGAAUGACAAUAACUUUUUAAUCUAAAAAUAUUUUUUUUUUUAAUUUUUUACUAUUUUGUUAACUAUUUUACAAGUAAUUUAUUCUAUUUUAUUUUAUUUGUAUAUUCAUUUUCGGGAUUUCUUGCCUUUCUUCUAAAUUUUACAAUAUUACUACUACUUGAGAAAAAAUCAUAAUAUUUUUUUAAAUAUUGAACUUACAUAAGUGCGAGAGAGAUGAAUAGAUUGCGCAUGAAAACUAAACGUUUGCCAUUGUUGUCUAGUAUUUGAGCUGCAGUUUUUCCACAAAAACUGUGCAAGUGUUUUAACAAUUUAAAAUUAAAAUUUGCAUAGUAAAUUGUAUACAAGUAAGCCAAUUUUUUAAAUUGGUAACGCUCAAAUAUCCCUUUUGAUUAACGCCUGCCACAGGCAAUUACGUUGUUUUUAUGUGCCCUUUGCAUUGUACUACCAUUACUUUCUUUUUGUUUACCUUUUUGUUGUUAACUAACAAUGUUUUUAAACAAUUUUGAUAGAAUUUAUAGUUCUUCCGACAAUUUGUGAUAUUGUAAAAAUACAGUAUGUAUAUACCUAGGUAAUUGAGAUUUUGGUUUUUAAUUACCUGUCACAAAAACAAAAAAACAGUUUUGUAAAUGAGUUAAGUCUAUUUAAUGAUAAAUGCAUGUGUAUUAUUAGAAAAAAAAACAAGAAGAAUUAUAAAAUUCGAAAGAAUAGCUAAACAGUUUUAAACAUGUAUAAAUUGUAAUUUAUUUUCCAGUAAUUUUAUUAGUUAUGAAUGUAAACAAAUGUCUGUAUAUAAUGUAAAAUAAAUCACCAAUUUUUAAAAUAGUCGAAUCGUGAUCUUGACGUUCCAUCGGUCCAAUAACUUAUGAUUUAUCAAUAACUAUGGCAAGAACCAUUCUCCGGGUUGUCGAUUGGUUUUAAGUAUGUAAAAUGUAUAUUCAUUCAACAAGUUUAUAUUUACAAUUACAAUUUACAUUCAAAAAAUUCUAAGCUACCUCAACCUGUGUGUGUGUAAGA